AUGGCGAAGUUGAUGGCCAUGAGCCGCCAUGAGGGUCGUUUGCCCUCCCAGCUGGUGGCCCAGGUGGUCCGGCUCCGCUACCAGGCCUCCUGGACGCUGCGCGCAGCGCAGAUCCGCCGGCUUUUUACGCCGCUGAGGAAGUCUCGAAGAUCCCUUGGCGCCCGCUCGAGCAGCCAAGUUCAGGUCCUUUCGGCGCACGUGCUCCGUCUCUCUGAUGGGGGCACGUGCACUGAAGCGCGUUUGAGCUUGCAGUGGACGCUACCGGGUGGCGCCCAGCAAGUGGGCAUGACCUUGCUGAAGGGCCUUUUGACACCCAAAGAGGUGGAAGGACUCCUGCUGCAUGUGCCAGAGCACUUUGAUUUAGACCGAGCAGAUGUGGAAAUGGUCCCAAAGAGAUGGAUCAUGCUCGAGCGCGCCGGGCGCCCGGUGCCUCAAAGAGAGCUCUUGGUCGAGAAGAUGCGACCCUACAUCGAAGGUCGCCUUUUGCCGUACUUGCGCGCGCAUCUGGGCUGUCCGAGCUGUGUAGUAUGUUCCUCCAUCAUGCGGCGUUAUUCCAUGGAUUUGGGUGAAAGAUACCGAGACCCACCCCAUACGGAUGGACAGGCCUUUGCCACUGUGGUGAUUGCCCUGAACAGUGCUGGGCGAGACUAUGAGGGAGGUUUGUACGUGGUCUCAGAUCCAUGGAGGCCCCUCACUGUCUCCCUCGCCGGGGGGGAUGCAGUGAUCCACCGCUGGGAUUUGCAGCAUGGCGUGGAGGUGACCUCUGGACGCCGGCUCAGUUGGAUCCUUUGGCUGCAGGACCAAGCACCGUGUGUGACGCAAGUGGAACUUCAUCAGCGAUCCUUCCUGCAGUCCGCAGCAGAGGAUGGAAAUGUCGUGGCCAUGCAGAUCCUCGGAACAGGCGAGAACGGGCGCAGCGAAGAAGGCCAACGGUGGCUCCGCAUGGCUGCAGAGGCUGGUUUGUCAGGUGCCAUGGCCCAACUGGCUAAGCACCUCAGGGAGCAGGGCCAGGAGGCUGAAGCUCUCCAAUGGCUGCAGCAUGCAGCUGGCAGGGGUGAUGCAGGAGCUCAAUCCUCUUUGGGCAUGAUGUUGCUCCAGCGUGGCCAACUGAAAGAAGCCGAGGAGUGGUUGGAAGAGGCUGCCGAGCUUGGAAACCCUGUGGCGCAACAUGAUUUAGGCAUGGCCCUGUACACCAAUGCCCUUGGCAGGAGGGAUCGCCGACACGCGGCUUUCCUGUGGCUGGAGCGUGCGGCGAGACAAGGUCAUGCAAUGGCCCAAAGCAACCUGGCUGUGCUGUGUGCAGAGAACCAGGACUUCAGCCAGGCUUUGUACUGGUGGAACGAGGCGGGUGGCCCCGAUGGGUGA